CCUCGGAGGAGUCAGUGCUGCUCUGGACGUGAUCGAGGGAGGGUGUGCGCGCUCGGCUCCUGGAAUUACUAACAGCCAUUAUCCUCUCUAACUACCGGGAAAGUUUUGUGCGUCCGUUUGUUGGUGAAUUGACGUCCAGGGCGUGGUGUGUGUGCGUGUGGGCGUGGCGCGACAUGCGAGGUCACCUGCUGCCACGCCUGGAGGAGGCCUAGGGCAGGGCGUGGCGGCGCGGGCGUGGAGGGGGCGUGGCGAGGCCGGGGCAUGGGCGUGGCGCCAUGAGCAGCAGCAGUGACGUGGGGGCCGUGGUGGGGGCCGUGCAGUGGGGCGAGGAGGGCUCCUACCUGCGGGAGGUGGCCGCCCGCGGCCCGCGCCCCCAGCUGGCCAAGGUGAUCAAGGGCCAGUACCUGGGCGUGGGCGUGGCCUCGCUGGCCAGCCCCGGCCUGGCGUCCACCGUGCUGCUGCUGCCGGCGGGCCGCGGCGUGCGGGUGGCGGCGCAGUGCGUCAAGUUCAAGGAGGGGCGGCGCGUGGUGCCCGCCGGCCCGCGCCUCGCCAUCCCCGAGACCUACGACGGCUACUUCGAGAUCCUGAGCGAGGACGGCCGCGCCGUGCGCUGCAUGGAGAGCGUGGCCGAGCUGGCGCGGCGCUUCCCGGACAGCGCCCUCGUCAGGGAGAACAUGAAGGCGUACGUCUCCCGCAGCGACGACACGGACACCAUCACGGAGAAGGCGCGGCAGGUGGCGGCGGGCGAGACGCUGGUGGUGGUGGGCGAGGUGGUCAUGGGCAAGGGCGGGGGGGCGGGGGGCAAGGCCGCGGGCGGCAGCAGUGGCGGUAACGGUGGCGGCGGCGCGCGGUUCCUGCGGUGCUUCGACCAGGCGGGCCAGAACGUGUACCUGCCGUGGGAGGCGCGCGGCAAGUUCUCCGCCAUCGCCAAGGAGGACAACAUCAGCGGCGUGCACAGCAUCCGCAACCUGCUCAACAAGCGCCUGCCGCUCAUGGUGCGCGUCGUGCACGGCCGCCCGCCCGUGGGCGCCAAGGCGGCGGCGCAAUUCCUGCCCGAGCUGCGGCUCUUCGCGUCCAGCACGGAGGAGCCGCUGGCCGCGCUGCCGCUCACCAAGGACGCGCCGCUUCUGCUGCUGCCGCCCUCCGCGCCGCUCAAGGUGGCUCACGCCCGCAACGCCGACCAGCUGGAAAAGACCAAGGAGUUCACGAGGCUGUGCGAGCGCGCAGCGACGCUGCUGGGCGAGGUGGCGGACCGCAUGCACGUGUACGACGCCUCCGUGGGCACCAAGGGCGGCGGCGGGGGUGGCGGCGGGCCCCGCGACCCCCGCUUCGUGCAGUGGCCCGAGCCAGGCGGCAAGGUGCGCCACAAGGCGCACCACCACCACCACCACCACCACCACCCGCGCCAGAACCCGCGCCGCACGCGCUCCCCGCCCGUGGCGCAGCCGCCCGGCGCGCCGCCCGACGACUACGACGAGAUCGACCAGAUCUACGACUACGUGCGGGGCUUCGCGCCGCUGCCCAAACACAUCAAGUCCCCCUACGCCAGCGACGACCCCGCGCCCGCCGCCUCCACGCCCGCGCGGCGCGUCAGCAGCACCACGGCGCCCGGCGCGGCGGACAAGGGCGACGCGCGGCCCACGCCGCCGCCCAUCGAGACCAUCCCCUCGCGGCGCGGCGAGCCCCGGGCCUCCGAGAAGCUGUGCCCCUCCGUGCACCCCGCGCUCAUCUCCGCGGCGCUGGACCGCGCGGCGCACCGCCGCGUGGAGAAGCGGACGCGGCGGCCCGAGGACAGGAAGGGCUCGGGCACGGCACCCACCACACCCACCACGCCCCAGGCGCCGCCCACCCCGCACAGCCCCAGCCAGGCCCCGCCGCUCAGCCCCGCCGCUCCGGCCCCGGAUGUGUUGCCGCCCCAGGAGCGGCCCGCGGCCCCCGCCAACACCCCGGGCGGCACCCCAAACAACAACAACAGCAGCAAUAACAACGCCAGCAACAACAACGCCAACAACAACAACAACAAGCUGUUCGUGAAGGCGUCGCAGCAGCGGCCGCACAAGACGCGCGUGUUCCGCCACAAGUCCGCGUCCCCCGUGAAGGAGGCGCUGCUGGAGGGCCCCCCGGGGCUGGCGGCGGGGCUGGCGGCCUGCAACGGCGGGGGCAGUAAUGGCGGGGGCGGCGUGCCCUCGUCGUCGUCGCCGUCGCCGCUGUUCCGCCUGCGGUACAAGUCCCUGACGAGCCUGGCGCUGGACUUCGACACCCUGGACUCCAGCACGUCGGGCGGCAAGGCCUCGGCGGACAGCGGCGGCUCGGGCGCCAUCACGGCCAAGCUGCCGGAGAAGCGGAGCCGCCGGCUGGUGCGGCCCAAGAGCCUCACCAACCUGGCCUGGGAGGGGCGCCACGACCCCCUGGGCCUCUCGGGCACCUCCCGCGCCCUGCUGGAGGCGGAGCGCAAGCUGCGGCUGGAGCCAGGCGUGUACCGCCACGCGCGGGACACGCCGGGCAUGCUGGCCGCCACCUCCAGGCUGCUGCAGGGACACAAGAAGAUCGGCACGCUCUACCUCUGAGCGCCGCUGGAACCGAAUACGAGAGAGAGAGAGAGAGAGAGAGAGAGAGAGAGAGAGAGAGAGAGAGAGAGAGAGAGAGAGAGAGAGAGAGAGAGAGACGAAGUGAUAAAAGUGAGAGAAAGAAAGAAAAUAAAGAUAAAAACAGUGAAUAUGAAAGACAAUUAA